UUGAAACAGGCACGAGUUAAAUGGAAUUUUCUAAACAAGCUUGGCCGAGGUCUACACUUGCACUAUAGUUUAGCAAUGCCCGCCCUACUAUCUACCCAAGUAAAGAAUUGGCCAAGAUUUCUAGCAGUCCAGCACUCAAGAUACGCAUCAAUGGCCGUCAAUGUCUCACGUGACCAGACGGCGCCCGUCAAGCCGUUCAAAGAUAUACCAGGUCCAGGCGGACUCUACAGGUGGCCUGUGAUUGGAACAAUGCUUCAUUUUAAACCCUUUACCGAGUACAAUGCCGAGACGAUACGUGGGUUGUUUGACUCGCUACAUAAAAGAUACGGCACCAUCCUAAAGGUUAGGCUGGGUGAAAUGACAGUCAUGACCUCUGACCCGAAAGACUUUGAGACCGUGUUCAGGAACGAGGGGAGGUGGCCGGUGAGACCCCCUGUCGAUAUCGACGUUGUGUACAUCAAGAGAAAUAAUUUAAAAGAGAAUCUUGCUAGUGUACAAGGCGAGGCAUGGCAGAAGCUACGUACACCAAUGAACAAAAGACUAAUGAAGGCUGACUCCGCCCACCACUACAUAGAAGCACAAAAUGUUGUAGCUGAUGAAUUUGUUCAUAUUUUAUCAACGAAAGAACUUGACGCAGAAGAAAUGGCGGAUUAUUUCUUCCGCUACGCUUCUGAAAGUAUCGGUGUUGUGACAUUCAACACCCGACUUGGAUUUUUUAACAAAAGUGACGGGGGAGAGUCGGAUGAGUUUUUACACGCCAGCAAAGAACAAUUCAGGAUCAUCAACGACACCUUCUCUGGGAAGUCCGUCUUAUACAAGUUGUUCAGGGACAAGACCUACAGGCGCUACGAGAAGGCGAUGAAUGUUAUCAUAAAGCACGCAGAUAAACACACGAGCAAAGCCAAAGAAUCCAUUCAGAGCAAACUAGCAGACGGUAGCUUACACCCAGACGAUCCGAACCUUCUCUUUUCGCUGAUGGCGGAGAAGAGUUUGACGACUGAAGAUAUUUCAUUUUUGGCAACUUCGCUGUACAGCGGUGGCACUGAUUCGACGGCCCGGAACUUGCAGUCUUUCUUCCACAUCCUGGCCAUGAACCCAGACAAACAAGAGCUCCUUAGAGCUGAGGCCCUGGACAUUGUGGGAAAAGACAGGCCACUGACGGCUAAAAAUCUGACAGCGAUGCCUUACCUAAAGGCCUGUGUCAAAGAAUGUUUUAGAAUCAACUACCCAACUGCAAGUGGUACCUUCAGGUAUUUACCGACGGAUGUUGUUCUAAGUGGUUACACAGUUCCGGCAGGGGUCCCUAUUGUCCUUCAAAACCCAAUCGCCUGUAUGGAACAUUUCGAGAACCCCGGUCAGUUCCUGCCUGAAAGAUGGCUGAGGACGCCAGACAGACGUAAACAAGAGAACAUCGUCAACAUGGUUCUGCUGCCCUUUAGCUACGGACCAAGGAACUGUCCAGGUCAACGGUUUGCUCUACAGGAAAUCUACCUGGCCGCAGUAAAGGUUUUACAAAAGUUAAAGAUUGACCUACUACCUGAAUCACGUGAUGUCCAGUUUGGUCACAGAACCUUCAUCCAUCCUAUGAAUUCAAUUAAGUUUAAGUUUACUAAAUUAUAGUUACUAAAGGAUUCUUUUUCCUGGCUCAUCUAUACUUAAAAUGUCGAGAAGAGUAAUUGUUCUAAAAAAUGUAAUAAUUUUUUUAUUAGCGCAAUUUCCAUUCUGGAGAAUUGCGUUUAUUAACUCGUCAUUUCUGGGAAUGGAUGGAUGAAUGAAUGUAUGGAUGUAUGUGUGUCCGCAGCUUUAAGUCGUAUCUCCUCCUCAACGAAGCAAUAUCGAGGACUAGUUCCAAAAGCAAUUAUGUUAAGCAAGUUACGAGGAUGAACAUAGGCCAUAAAAAUUCCGGGUUUCUUUCAUGGAUUUCCCGGAAAAGCCAAAAAACCUCGAAAAAAUGCAGUUUUUGGCCCAUAUCUCGGCAACCAGACCACUUAGCGACUUGAAACAUGUACCAAUCGAUUCCUGCCAUAAUUUAAACAAUAUUGCCGAAGAAAGUUUUCAAAAAUAUCCUUUCGUUCGGUCACAAAAAAAAUUUUGAAUUGAUUAAAAUUUGGACCAAAUUAGUAGGUAUUUUUAUCCAACCACACCACACGCGUCAUCACGUUCAAUAGCUGCGCCAUCACGUUCAAUGGCUGCGACAUUACGUUCGGUAGCUAGGCGCGCAAUGGUUUUUAGUCAUGUAACUCUAUUGUAAUUAAAACAUGUAAAAUACUGAAAUUUUUUUUAAAAUAAAAAACGUUUUAAUAACUAACCAAUGGUUUUACUAACCCUGCUCUUGAUUUACGCUACGACAGAGCUAUUUUUAGAUAAGAGCUAUUUUUAGAUAACAUAAGGAAAUUGCGCUUAAAUGUCACUAGACUUUUUAAUUAACUUGUUGUUACUUUUAAGUCUUUUGUAGCCUACUUUUUCGUGUACAUCAUAUUGUAUUAUCUACGAAUGUUAGAAAAACAUAGCACUUUACCUAUCGAUGACGUAGCCAGGCCAUGAAAUAGGCUCAGGAUAUAUCAUGUGAUAUUUGUUUGCUUGUCGUUGAUGUGUUAUAUUUUAUUCUGUGAAAAACCUAUCUCUAAAGGACCGUGACGAGUGUUUAUUAAGCAAUAUAUACCCGGUAUUGCCUGGUUCAGGAAAUAUUUUACUUUUCAAUUAAAUAGCUGUAUGCAAACAUUGACGUUUGAGAAAAUAAAACAUAACCCUAAAUCUAACUCUAAACCUAAGCUUAACCCUAACCACAACCAACCACAACCAAAAGACAAACGCAAAUACCAAAGCAAACGCCAACACAAACGAUUUCCAACACGCAACUCAAACACACUUAAACAUAAACGCAAACAAUAACGCAAAUAGCAACAUAAACCUAAACAUAAAGGACAUUUAGGAACGGAAUAUACUAAGAAGUAUAUGUAUUGUAUAAAAAUAAAUAAAAGGUAGUAUUUAAAAUAACCGUAUUUACAUACCACGUUGCUCUCUAUCACAACAUGCUAAUUAGAAUUUAUUUUUCCAAAUUCAAACCAACUUAAAUAAAGCGGGAGUGAUCUCCCCUAAACUUUCUCGAAUAUUCCUAUAUAACACUUCGGGGAGUGGCAACUAGGGAUAAUGACAAGCUUUUUAAUCAGUUUGUAAAUAAUUAGCUUAAGCUUUGAAAAUUGAAUAGAAUUUCGUAGAUAAAAGAAUUGCGCACAAAAUGAACAGCAAACAAUGUGUGUAUGAUAUUGCGGACCAUUAUUGCUUUAUAGAUUAAAAUGCGUUUUUUUUAAAUCAUAAAUAGCGUAAAAUACCUCUUCCGAUCACAUGAAAUUACUCAAAAUUUGAAAGAAAAUAGAGAAUUAGAUAUUUUUCUUAUAUGUGAAAUGUGAUCUAUCUAUCGGUAACAGGCUUUUGAAAACUGUUAACGGGAAAUCGCUGUAAAGUUGAAACAAAACUACAAAUUUAAUGUACACAUUUAAUUUUAUCAACGGUGAAAACUGUAAAAUUUCAUAUGAUUUUUAUGCAUGAUUAAAAUACUUCCUCUGUACUCUGUAUACGAGAAAGUAAAAAGUAAAUGCUUUCUC